AUGGCUCGGACUGUGCUAGCCGCUCGUUUUGAACAAUCCGUCACUGCUAAUGCUCUCCGAUCAUAUCUUGCGGAGUUCAUCUCCACAUUCUUCUUUGUUUUUUCAGUUCUGGGAUCUGCGACGUCAUCUCGAAAAUUGAUGCCCGAUGCUACUUCGGACCCAUCCAGUCUGGUGUUGGUUGCCAUCGCCAAUGCCUUGGCCUUGUCAUCUGUUGUGUAUAUCGCAGCCAACAUCUCAGGCGGGCACGUGAAUCCGGCCGUCACCUUUGGAAUGGCGGUCGGAGGCCAUAUCAGUGUCCCGACCGCUCUGUUUUACUGGGUUUCUCAGAUGCUGGCCUCCGUUAUGGCUAGCCUCCUCUUGAAGAUGACUCUUGUUGGAAUGCAUGUUCCAACCUACACCAUUGCAGAAGAAAUGACGGGGUUUGGAGCAUCGCUGUUGGAAGGUGUCCUGACAUUUGCUUUAGCGUACACUGUUUAUGCUGCUGGGGAUGUUAGGCGUGGUGCACAGGGAGCCAUUGGACCUUUGGCAAUAGGGUUCAUGGCAGGAGCCAGUGUCUUGGUUGCAGGGCCCUUUUCCGGUGGAUCUAUGAAUCCGGCGUGCGCCUUUGGAUCUGCCGUCACGGCCGGCAGUUUCAAGAACCAGGCAGUUUACUGGAUAGGACCAUUGAUCGGUGCAGCAGUUGCAGGCCUUAUCUAUGAUAAUGUGGUGUUUCCUAAUGAUCAAGAGACGGAUUCUAUUAGGGGAAUCCCAGAUGGAGUUGUGUAG